CGAGGUUUUCGGCACUUCAUAAGAUAAAGGCAGAUUCCUUGUCUACUCUGAUUAGCGCAGCAUUAAUAGCCACGGCAUCACUUCCACAAGGGACGGCAUCACCUUCACCAGCCAGGACAUCACCACCAAGAGCCACGGUAUCACUUCCACCAUUGUAAUAACCAUGCCGGUCGACCUGUACUACAUACUGCGCUCCGGGCCCUGCCGAGCUUCCAUGCUGACGGCCAAGGCUGUGGGACUGGAGCUCAACCUCAAGCGCCUUGAUCUGUCUGCAAAGGAGCAAUUGAAGCCGGAGUUUUUAGCUAUCAACCCUCACCACACUGUUCCUACCCUGGUCGACGGAGAUUUUGUUCUUUGGGAAAGUCGUGCCAUCUGCACCUACCUGGCCUCCAAGUAUGGUAAGGACGACUCCCUGUACCCGAGAGACCUCCAGACGAGAGCCCAGGUUGAUAGGCUCCUCUACUUCGAUAUGGAAAAAUUUUUCCAACGCUUUGCUGAAUAUGCGUUUCCAGUCUUGUUCUGGUCACAAAAGGAGUUCGACCCUGCCAAGCUAGAGAGGCUACACGAGGCACUGGGCUGGUUCAACGAUAUGCUGGAUGGCCACAACUGGGCUGUGGGUAACACACUCACUGUCGCCGACCACAGUCUGUCAGCCUCCGUGGAGACCUUCCGUGUUUUUGGCAUUGAUUUAAGCAAGUAUGAGAACAUCCUGUCGUGGUUGGAAAGAUGCAGCGACACGAUGCCUGGCUACAAGGAAAUAAACUUGAAGGGCUGUGAGGAACUCAAGAAUUUGUGCGCGAAGAAAAAGUAGCUCCUAAUUUUAGAAAGAAACACCGCAGAGAACUUGAGCGCAAAAUCUUGUGAAGCUCCACUAAAGAGUUCGAGGCUUCAUGAACCUCACUAGCUCCUGCAACAAGGAACUUUGAAUCUAUACCUAAAACCUAUAAGUACUUGUUUUCAACUUGCCUGCAACAAGGAAAUUUCCGUUGGAACAUAAAAUAUAUAUGCUAUGCUUCUUUUGUGAUCUUUUCAUGUUACAUUUAACCUCAGCUUGUCGCGCGUUACCCUAUAAUAAAUGACUUUUAAUUAGUUCUGUGAUUAUGAUUAUUAUUAAAGAGAGAAAUUAAUAAA